CUGGGGAGACCGGAUAUAGUGAAUGCAGGGUCCGGGGAGAGCGGAUAUAGUGAAUGCAGGGUCCGGGGAGAGCGGAUAUAGUGAAUGCAGGGUCCUGGGAGACCAAAUAUAGUGAAUGCAGGGUCCAGGGAGACCGGAUAUAGUGAAUGCAGGGUCCGGGGAGAGCGGAUAUAGUGAAUGCAGGGUCCGGGGACACCGGAUAUAGUGAAUGCAGGGGUCCGGGGAGAGCGGAUAUAGUGAAUGCAGGGUUCGGGGAGACCAGAUAUAGGUAAUGCAGGGUCCGGGCAGAGCGGAUAUAGUGAAUGCA